AUGGACGACUUCGGAGUGGUUAAAAGAAAAAAAGAGUUGACUAAAGCUGAAGUUAUUGAUAAACAAGUUCACACAUUGAGAACACCGUGGCAUGAAAAUUCUGGACCGGGUGAUGACACAAGAAGCAUUGGUUAUACAGUUGGUCGUAGCAAAUCUUUUGGAAUAUCUACCAAUGUCGAAUUACCAAUCAAAGCAUUGUGUACAGCUUUUAAUAUUGAACUUAAUAUUGCGUCGUCAAUGUCACAUGAAGAAUCGGUGACAAUUACAAUUCAAGAUGGAUGGAAAGCGUGCAUUGAAUACGAAAAAGGAACAGGAACUAUACGUUAUACGUAUACUACAGAAUCAUUCUUAUUUGAUGGAUGUUCUGCAGGAAAAAGCAGUUACGAAGAAGAAUACCAAACAGAAACUUUUGAAAUUUAUUUGGGAAAUACUCGUAAAAUUGCAGAGGAAAUGGAGAAAUAA